GUUUUAACCAAUCAGGUUAAAUAGAUUGAAAACAUGAAUAGGGGAAAUUAUAAGACAGACAUCCAAUGAAUAUUUCCUACAUAACAAAUCACUUGUCUUUGUUUGUCAUACAAUAAGGCCGAAAGUUCUAGAUGCUUACUGCCUACUUGUUCUUCACAUGUAUAUAUAUGUGAAGAAAAGAUAAUCCAAUUUGUGGAUAAAGUUUAAAAAGAACAAAUGAACAAACGUAAAUCAAGUCACGAAGUCUUCAACCGUAGUAUCAAUGAUAAAAUAGAAUUAAAACGUGAAUUGGGUUUAUGGAGUGGUGUUUCUAUUACCAUUGGUACAAUCAUUGGAUCCGGUGUAUUUGUUGCACCAAAAGGUGUAUUAGAGAAUAGUGGCCAAAGUCCUGGUAUCUCUAUCAUAAUAUGGAUUUUAUGUGGUAUCAUCUCAUUAUUGGGUUCAUUAUGUUAUGCUGAACUUGGUACGACGAUAACUCAUAGCGGUGGUGAUUAUAUGUACAUUAAAAAGGCAUUUGGUAAUUUACCGGCAUUUCUACAAUUAUGGGUGAAUCUUGUGGUAAUUCGACCAACAUCCACUGCAAUUUGUGCUUUCAGUUUUGCAUAUUACGCUCUCUAUCCAAUUUAUUCAAACUGUGAUCCACCACAUCUACUUAUUCUUAUUUUUUCAAUUUUAUCUAUAACUAAUCGAUCAUAAUCGAUGUAGAGACUGGGAUAGAUAUCUCUUAUGUCAAAUUGUCAUUGUCAGAACAGCACGAUGAGAUGGAGUUAAAAAGGUAAAUAGCACAUGAAUUGAAAUAGUGUCGUAGAAAUGAUGAUAAGAAAGACUUAAUAUUCAGAAUGGUCUUCGAAAAGACAGAAUGAAGAAUGCUUAAUCACAAGAUCUAGAGAACGAUAAAGAUCACAUGUAUGUAAUGAAUUAUAAUCAUUGCCAUCCAACAUCUACACAAACAUUAAUCAGAGUUAUCACACUGACGACGAUUAAUGUGUCAUGAUUUGGUUUGGUCAUUCCCAUCUAAUUUUCUUUCUACACUAAUAAACAAUAUGCAUCAAGCAUUCCUGACAUGGAUAAAUAUCAUGAAAGUUCGUUGGGCUACAAGAAUUCAGAAUUUAUUUACAGCAGCUAAAUUAUUAGCAUUAACUGUCAUUAUUCUAUCUGGUUUAUAUGUUGUAUGUCAAGGUAGGCUAGAAAACUUUGAAGAAUUUUGGCAACCUACUCGACCGAUUAAUCCAUCACGUAUUGCUCUAGCUUUUUAUUCUGGUUUAUUUGCUUAUGCUGGCUGGUAAGUGCAUUGAAAUUUCUUGUAAAAGUAGUACAAUAAUAAUAAAGGAAGUCAUUGGUAAAUUAAAGCCUCUUCGCAUAAUAUCCGUAUGAAUAUAUACAACGUCCAGCCUUUGUAGGUUUUGUUCUGGCCUGAAGUUACCUUGUUUGCAGCGGGGUGUGUGAGGAGUAGCGUCGGUCAGACAGAGAAUAUAGAAGAGAAAAAAACAAGAGGAAAAGUGAGCCGACGACUCAAUAGGCACAUAGAAUGCACUUAUAUUACAAUUAUAGAAGCAAUCGAUAACAAUCAUAAAUAACACAAGCAUAAGAUUAAGACAACCUGAGAAUCAAAACAAGGAGUUGGUAGCGAAUAGUUUUGAAUGCGCCAUAUAUAUUCAUAUGUAGGGGAUGUGGGUGGAGUGGACAUUCCAUGUUUACAAUGUGAUCAAUAUCGCUGGAUAGUAUCAUUAUAUAAUAAUCACAAAGUGUAUUGCACUAGACUCAAUGAGGUCAACAGUUGUAUUCUACAGUCUCAUUCAGUUACGAUAUAAACUUCACAUAACUGACCAAAUUUAUUAUGCACAGCAUAAAAUUGAGAUUUGUAGGAAGGUUUAAUUGUCAUAUACUCAAAUCAUGAGUAUAUGUACAUAGAUUUUUUCUUCUGACUCAGACAAGGACAUAUAGACUGAGAUGUUGUUUAAGUGUAUCAUCAACUUCUUCUGAUAUCAUGCAUGAUUCAUAAUUCCUCACAUACUCUUUGACUUUAAGAGGUCAUGUAAGCCGUCUGGCUCUUAGAAAAGAAAAUAUCUGGACUUUUGCAGCUUAUAAUUAACAGUAUGAGCGAAUGAAUUAUAAUUCAGUAUUUUGAAGGUAACAUAUUCUCUACGAGUACUGAAUAUUCUUGGACUAAAAAGUCUUUUUUACUUCAUUUACUUUGUUGAAAGGAGUGCUAGCUUGAAAUGUGUAAGAAUAACUAUUCGUUUUUCUAAAAUAGUGUUUGAUUUUGUUUGAACACUGGUGGGAAGCUAGUAUACUUGAGACGAACAAUGAACGAUUUUACUGUAUAUAUGAUUGACCCACUCUAUACAAAGUACACAGUCAGUAAAUAAUUUAGUACACUUCAGCUCGAUUGAAAUCAAGAACAUGACGUUCAGCUAACUAGGACUCAUGUUAAUCAAUAAAUAAGUAGAUACAAAGAGUAAGAAAAUAUAUAUGACGUGUCAGUUAUCUAUCUGACUAUCUUUUAGCUUGUCUGUAAUCAAUAAUCAAAUACUGUUUACUGUUGCCUACAACACUUCCCCAGCGAAGUUUGUUCGUAAGACUUGUUUACUGUUCAUCCUUGGGUUCAUUUGAAAAAUUCUCGUUUUUUUUCGUUUCCUCAUUAGCCUUCAACUAGCUCCCAACUGUAAUUCAUUUCUUUCCAUUACAAAUGAUGAUAAACCAUCCAAUAUUUCACAUAAUUACCUCUGUCGAAAAAGGUUUAACUUUGGAUGACUCCCUACUACAUUUUCUAUCCCAUUAUUGAUUUAAAUGUCUGAUAAUAAGAGCAUUUUUUAACUAUCAAUUCACACAAUACUUUUCUAUAACUCCCGUUUAUUAAGCCCAACCAUUUUGUCCUUCCCGGCUGGAAAUCAUAUACAUAUACCAAAUUGCCCACAUUAAAAUCACGGAUUUUUAGAAAAAUUUUUCCCGUAUUUUCUAGUAGUUCAUUAGUUUUAUUCUUAAUUGGUUGAACCAUCUUCAUAUUAGAUGGUGCCGGUAUAUUUAUAACAGUGUGUACUUUUUCUGGGUCAAGUCCACGUCCAUGAGAAUAGAUAUUAGCCCCCCAAAUAUUGAUUACUCAACAAAAUGUGAACACUUUGCUCCCUUAAUACGAAAACCAUACCCUCUAAUGCGAGCAAAAACUUUAUGUAAUUGGUUGUAGUGUCCUUUUCUAUUUCUACUGGCAGUAAUAAUAUCAUCCAUAUGUGCCACGUUAAAUGGUACAUCGCUUGACAUAGUUUAAUUUGUUUAUUUCGGUUGGUGUUUUUCAGCAAAGUUGUUUUCUGUGGGAUGGAGAUGCUGACCCCAUACCCAACCAUCCUCUUUUACUUGGGUUUCGGACGGGUAGUAACCGUAGAAGAGUUAUAGAUGGAGUUAUCGCUCAACAUGAUAAAAAUAAAUUGCUGAUAAAUUGCUUCAGUAAACUUACAUCAAAAGGUAGCCUAUUGUAUUGAAACAAUCCUCGAUGUGUAUUUACAAUUACACUCCCCUUAGAUCACUACCCGAAGAUAUGCAUCCGAAAAUAUAGUACAACUAAUCAGAUUACUGAAAAUCCUCUGGUAUAUUGAUGAUCCUAUGAUGUAUACCUUGUAUACCAUUGGAUUCUUACUCAGGGAUUUAAAGAUUAAGCGUUCUCGUGCAAGACUAAAAUGUUCAGGGUUCAAUUCACACAUGAACCCAUGAAUAUGAAUUCCUGAAGAGCCCCAUACUGGGACAAGACAUCAAUCCAGAGUUUCUUGAUUUUCACCGGUGAUUUAACUAAGAUCACUCUGUAAUUUAAACCACAAAAGUAUAAUUUUAUUAAGAAUUCUCAGCAAGAAUAUAUAUUAGGGAAGACCAUACGUGGUUCUUAAAAUAACUAUGAUUAAUUUUAACUUAUUGCCACCCAUUCAGGAAAACAGUUAUUGUCAAUGAAUAGUUUGUGACAGAACAAAAACAAUGAUUGUUAUAUCCGAGCGAAGAUUAAAUCACGAGUGACUUCUGAGACAUAUUAAUUGACUAAUAUUAUCUAUACAUUCUUAUGGUAUAACUGUUCAAUAACUAGAUUAUGUAUAUUUAUAUUCCUCUUAUUAUAAGCUUUAUUUUGACCUACAAUUUAUUAUUAUACGAUUUACUGUUCUUAAAUUAUACUCAGUUUAUUCAUUACCGUCUCCCAUGUUCACAGCCACUUUUUGGCUUUAUUGUGUACAAAUGUUAUUUCCUAUUUUAUGGUGCGUUGCGGUCUAUUUGGUUGAUAUAUAAACUCAGUAUGCCUGAAAUAAAAGAUUCGAUUCGAUUCGCAUCGCAUAUUGGAAACUGGUAUUGUUGUUCUGGACUCAAGUGGACGGGCUAGGCGGACAUAGGACCAAUAAAGACGCUAGACUGCCCAUACCGGUCGAACGUCAUUGGUUUGGCACAGUGGGAAGAUUGUAUAAGUCGUAUUUUGAUUGGUGGAUAAAUCACGUGAUAAAAGCCGGACAUAAAGUCAUAACAAUAAUAUUACAAAGGUUAAUUACUAAAUCUAUUAAAGUUUUCUACAUGUUAAUCAAUCUAUAAAUUGAAAAAGACAACAAUAUGUAAAUUCAUUUAUAUUGGUUAUAGAUCAUUUAUUUAUUUAUUCAUUUAAACACAUAAACAUUGGUACAAGGAGGCACCAAAUACAUAUGUGCCACAUAAAUCAUUCGAUUUGUGUGAGGGCUGAGAUACUGUCCGGGUGCCCAAACAGAAGCAGGUGGUUUUCUUGGGGGCCCACACCCCGAGCCUUUGACCUAAAGGUUUGAUUCACAAAGCAGUGGAGCAACGUCAGGAGAUGCGAUCUCAUGGUAACCGGUGACCAAGAAUUGGUUCGUAUGCCACUUGUUUCCUUAAGAUCCUGGAGCCUAUGUACACCAUUGGUUUGGAAUGAGGGUUUAUCAACUCCCCUAUGUGGGUCCUCUGUAUCCACCAAUCUGGUUAAAGCUCCGAACAUUUGGUCUUCGUCCUCUCAAUUUCGUAAACAACCCCUCGCCGCGUGAAGACAGUAAGUAGGACUUCCCUGUUAGUGUUUAGUUACGAUUAGAUUUGACUUAUAUGCAAUAUAUAAUCUGUGUAGGAGUUGAGAAUCUUUUCUUUUUUACACUAAACGGUAAAACAUUUUACUUUAUGAUGACAGCAAUAAAAAUAAAUUUUCCUUCUAAUUUCAAAUUUUCUGAUGAUUAUAUGUAAUGACAUUUCUACAACUUUUGUUUUUACAUAAUUUAAGAUAAAAAUUGCUUCAUUCUUGAAUGUUCUACACAAAAAUAAAACAAGUUAAAUGUCCUCUUCUCACUUCUGUUUGGCUUGUUUCUUUGUCUCUCUCUCUCUUUGUCUCUCUCUCUCUUUCCCUCUAUGCCAGAUUUAUAUCAUAAUCAACCAUAUACUACUGAUGUAUAUGAGAAUAAUUGAAAAUGAAGUAAAUUUUCUAUCUUAUCCAUGAUUUUAUUAAAAAG